AAAGAUACUACUUUGACAGCCAUGAUAGCAGCAAUCAAGGUCCAAUUCAUGUGUUGUUUCUCACCAUGAACUUGGUGACUUCUCUUCUAAUCCCUUCUGGCUUUUGCAGCAUCAUUAGUUUUGUAGCAUCAGACACACAGAUUCUGCUCUGCAAUAGAGGAGGAAAGGUUAGGAGUUGCCCUUCUCUAAUGGAAGAAGCAGGAGGAAGCUCAACAUCUUGUUUGGAGUUGAAUGCCCAUCUUUAUAUCCAGAGAUUGUGCAGCUUGUUUAGGUAUUGAGACAUGAUUUCCAUUAUGCUUUUAUGAACCAUUGUAUACUGAUCAUCAUGUCACUGUUUGUCUUUCCUCCUCCUGUAGCUGUAGAUCUACUGCCAUGCUGCUGCUAUCACUGACUGCAUGUAUAUGAUUUGGUCAAAGGUUUAUGUUGGGAAUGGCAAGUCUGUAAUCAUGGAUGAUCAGUGAAUGAAGUGAACUUGAAGCAAGAACAAUGGCAAGCCAGAAGGGAAUCGUGAGGAUCACACAACUGUUCUUGAGUGGGAUAGAAUGAUCAAACAAAGAGAAUGUCCCUUGCAAGGAAUCUCCUCUGAGAAGAAAAGCUCCAUGAGUGCCUCUCUCCUUUUUCCUCUCCCCCUUUGGCAUCCCACCCAGCUGUGCUGUUGGAUCAUUAAGCUGCCUGUUAGAGUUAGGCCAUAUGUGUUUCCCCCCCCCCCACCUUCUUCCUCUUUCUGCAACUGCACCUGCAGAAUACCUAAUCGAAGCCCACAAGAUGAUAAAAUACGACAUUAAUUGAGAUGCUGCCAGAUCUCAUCAACACUCGUGCCUUUAUGGUGAACUAAUAAUCCAAGAAAUCCACAAUAUGAUGAUCUGGAAUUCCGUGGUGGGAUAAAUCUAAGCUGCAAAUUGCAGCCCAUUCUAUUGUUUGCUUAGAUUGUGUCCUGUUCAGCAUGUGCAUCACACAGAGAACAAGUUCUUGACAACAUCUCUCUCUCUCUCUCUCUCUCUCUCUCUCUAUACCUUUUCAUUAAAGUAAACUUCAUCCUGAAGACACACUGUGGUGCUUAUAAUCUUAUCCUCAUGGCCAAACCUCAAACCAACAACAUCAUCAUAUCAAAAAGUCAAAAACUGGGUCAUAGCUCACAUAGCUCACCAACAGAAGCCAUGAACUAACAUAGCAAUUAGUAGCUAAAUGUAGUGCAUUCAAUGUCAUUCAUUUUCCUAGACAAACAAGUAGGCAUCAGAUCCAAAAUCCCCCUUUCAUCCUCCCUUCUUCUUCUUCUCUCUCUCUCUCUCUCUCUCUCUCUGCAAUAAUAAACGCCAGAAAAGAGCGAAAAGUCCCUCCAACCUUCAAAUCUACUGCUGAUGGUUCAUUCCCUGCCCUUCUUCCGCUCUUGCUUUUCCACCUCCAAAAGCCCCCCUUAAUUGUUUCUUUCCAUAUCCCCUUCCACUCUCACCAUUCUCUUUCUCCUCCUAAAGCCCCCAAAGCCAAAGGCAAAGCCAAAGCCAGCCCGGGAAAGGGAAGAAGAAAAUAAAUAACAAGCAAAGUUAUGAUUCUCACGUCCCACCACUCCAAAUCCUUCCUUGAAUCCAACUCCAUCCCAGAAAACUCCUCAGCUCCCACAGUCCAUCUCUUUCUCCCAGCUGGAGGAGGAGUAGCAGUGCACAUAUCCUAAAAAUCCAAUCCUUUUCCAGCCAUUGUUCUAAAAAUCCAAUCUUUAGUCAGCCGUCGUUCUCAAAAUCCGAUCUUUGUUUCUGGUUUUCCUUUUUCUUAAUUCGGUAAACGUUGUUUGGCCCACCCCAACAUCCUCCACUUCUGUUUCCCAUAAUACCGAGCCAUGGUUGAGGUACUCCAGUCCCCUUCGCAUUUCCCUUCGUCUCCAAGACGCACCCUUUCUUGCGACCCGAAUGAUGCCUCCAAUGGGCUUUUAAGCCCUUCCAAGAGCGGCGGAGAGGGUGCAGAGAAGGAGGAGGAGGAGAGGCAAAGUGGUGCCGGUGGUGCGAUAGAGAGGAAGAGGGGAAGGAAUAGGAGGGGAGGAGGAGGAGGAGGAGGAGCGGAGGUCGGGAUCGAAGGGGAGGACGAACGACAGCAACUGUCUGUGUUGGCAUUGCUGCUAACAGUGCUCCGGAAGUCACUGCUGAGGUGCAAAACGGAGGGCGCCGGCGACGAGGAUCUCGGCUCGAUGGACAUCGGGUGCCCCACCGACGUGCGGCACGUCGCCCACGUCACCUUCGACCGCUUCCAUGGCUUCCUCGGGCUGCCCGUCGAGUUCGAGCCGGAGGUUCCCCGCAGAGCCCCCAGCGCAAGUGCGACCGUCUUCGGUGUUUCUACUGAAUCUAUGCAAUGUUCAUAUGAUUGUAGAGGCAAUAGUGUUCCAACCAUACUUUUGUUGAUGCAAAGACGGCUGUAUGAGCAAGGAGGUCUUCGGGCAGAAGGAAUUUUCAGAAUCAAUGCUGAGAACAGCCAAGAAGAACAUCUCAGAGAGCAGCUAAACGACGGAGUAGUGCCAGAGGGUAUCGAUGUGCACUGUUUGGCAGGUUCAAUAAAGGCUUGGUUUAGGGAACUUCCGACGGGGGUGCUCGACUGGCUUUCAUCCGAGCAAGUGAUGCAAUGCCAAACGGAAGAAGACUGUGGGAGGCUUGUCAGGUUGCUGCCGCCGACAGAGGCUGCUCUUUUGGAUUGGGCUAUCAAUUUGAUGGCUGAUGUCGUCCAAGAAGAAGAACAAAACAAGAUGAAUGCACGCAACGUUGCCACGGUGUUUGCCCCCAACAUGACUCAGAUGGCAGAUCCUUUGACUGCGUUGAUGCAUGCGGUGCAAGUGAUGAAUUUUCUGAGGAUGCUGAUCUUGAGGACGCUGAAAGAUAGACGACAAGAAUCUGCUGUAGUGGAUGCCGCUGUCUGUGGCGCAGAUCCUUCCGAUGACGAUGGUCAUCAGAGCCCUCAGAUGCAUCACGCUGCUUGUAGCGAAGAAGCAACCGAACGAGCACACGUUGCCGAGGAGGCUGUCUUGGAUAGUCUCCCUCGAAUUGCUACAGAAGAAGAAGAAGAGGCAGCUCGGAGUUCGCAUGACGAUGCGGCCUUCUUCUCUGAGAACGCAGCUGGUUCGUCUACCGGCCACGAAUUCGUCGCUAGUGCUCCUAAGUCGGUUCAGACGAAGACAGGCAAGUCGAACAGCCAAAAUCACAAGAAAGGAAGAAAGACGAAGAGAGAGUCUACCGAUCGAGCUUCCUUACCAGCUGAUAAGUUGAAGGGGAUCAGCAACGUGAGUCGAAUAAAUUCAAAGAUCGAGCGUGUGGAAGCAUGGAGGUGAAGCUGCUCUGUCUCUCUCUCUUCUUGCCCCUCUUAAUUUGCAUGUGAUUGAUCGUAGGUCUCGGUAUGUGUAUUUGCUAUGGAUGUUUGCGUACCUAUUCGGAAUAUAACUUCCUGCUCUAAAGGUUCCUGUGUUUGCGAGCGAGCGAUGUGCAUUAGAUGAGUGCACGAUCCUUCUGCGUCUCGUUGCGAUGUACAGCUGCAUGUUCAUGGAUUUAUACCU